UUUAAUUAGGUUUAAUUGACACGUCAAAAACUCCGGCAAGAUUUUCGACUUUCGAAAGUAUUGCAGAAUGUUGUGGCAGCUGUGUUCGUAAUUUUUUAUAAAAUAGUGAUUUAGAAGAAAUAAAAUGGAGUUUCGCGUUGAAUUAAAGACGUUCUCGAGUCAAGAAGCAACUUAGUUUCGAAAUUUUUAGGUUAGGCUUAAAAAAAACUUUUCGAAACGAUGUGACUUUUUUGGUUUAUUUAAAAUUUGAAAUUUAGUGUGACAAGAUGCCAAGAUUAAAAAUGCUUCCGAAGACUUCUCGGAUUGUGGCUUUGUGUUCCGCAGCGAAUUUUAUUAAUGCCGCGGAUCGAGUUAUUAUGCCGAUUGCCAUUGUUCCUAUGACAGACGAAUUUAAGUGGAAUCUUCACUGGCAAGGCUGGAUUCUCUCUGCUUUUGCAUUCGGAUACUUCACGAGUCAGAUAAUUGGUGCCAGCACAGCCAAUCGUUUUGGAUGUAAAACUGUUUUGAUGGUAGCUGUUUUGCUAUGGUCGAUUAGCACAGUCAUUACCCCACUUUUGGCCCAUUCUGUUACGUUACUUGUAAUAUGUCGAGUGAUCCUUGGACUUGGUGAAGGCCUCGGCCUGCCAGUCAUAUUUCAUUUAUUUGCUCACAAUGUUCCUGUGGAGGAAAGAUCUCGAGCUUUCGGUUAUCUUGUAGCUGCUGGCUCUGUGGGUCAAGUAGUUGCCUCAGUUUUGUGUCCCCACUUAUCGUGGCAAACUGGAUUUUACCUCUUUGGCUCAUUCGGAAUUCUUUGGACACUGAUGUGGUUAAUAUUGUAUCACGAAACCAACAGUCAGGACGAAAUUCCUCUAUUUUUGCCCAAGGUUGCUCAGAACAGAAGUCUUCGAUGGACAGAAUUUAUGGCGCACUGGCCGUUGUGGUCUUUGUAUAUAGCACAUUUUGCCAUGAAUUGGAGUAGCUACAUAAUUAUGCAAUGGCUGCCAACUUAUUUGUCGAGAAAUUUGUCCGCCAAUAAGGAAAGCAUCAGUCUCACUGCCUUGCCCUAUAUUGUUAAUUCCCUUGUCGGCAUAGCUGCCGGACACAGUGCCGACAAUCUCAUACAAAAAAGAUGGUCGGUUUUGAGUGUGAGAAGACUGAUGACAAAUAUUGGCCUGAUUGGCCCUGGGGCUUUUCUUCUUGCAUUUUGUGCAGUCGACAAUCUUGUUUUAGCAGUGAUAUUUAUCUCAAUUUCGAUGGGACUCUGCGCCUGUAAUUCUUCCGGCCACCUCAGCAAUCACGCAGACGUGGCACCCAAUCAUGCAGGCAUUACUUUUGCAAUAUCGAACACAAUAGCGACAAUCCCGGGAAUUUUGUGUGGACCACUCACAGCGGAAUUGGUAACUGCGUCCCAUGGUCGCUGGAUGCCAGUUUUUGUUUUGGCAGCUGUGAUAAAUUUUACGGGAGCAAUAAUCUACCAAAGUCACAGUUCAGCCACAGUAGUGUUGUGAUAUCCAGAAAACUCUGUUAUUAACACUGUUAUGUAAAAAAAGGAUUAAUCAUAUCUCGAUAUCAGCAGGUAUCAGAUCAUAUCGUGCGAAACAGAAGGAAAAAGUGAAUGAACUUAAGUGAAAAUUAAGGCCUGUGAAAUGAGCGCUUGUGAAUUGUGAUGUACGCUAUUAAUAAAAAAUUAUUUUUAAGAA